AUGGCUAAGGAGUUGAGCGUCGCCAUUACCAUGAAUUGUCUACUUCACUUGUGUAAUGAAAAGGACCUAUAUCUAUCCACCACGGAUAAACUUGCCGAUCUUGAUAUUUCGUGCCAGCUUCCUUUGUGCGAAUUGCAACAGCUCGAUGCUUAUCGAGCGCGGUUCCAGGCCGUGCGAAUUGAUGCAGAUGCUGCGAUCCGCGCUCGUUCUGAACGAUUUAUGCUGGCAAAGCAGACUACUCUUGAUUCUUGGAUCGACGACCACAGUUCAUCUUCGGACUGUGAAGAAAAUGAAGAACUUAUUUCAGCAAUAAGCGAAAGUGUAGAUGAGGCUAGCCAAAAUGCUCUCUCUGCGUCGAGGCAGCGGCCUCGGAGAGUUUCUACCUCGGGACAAGCUUUGGAUUUAGCCGCUAACCUAUUACCCUCACCAGUGCACGAAACUGUUGAGGUAAUAAGCGAAACUAGGGCUCACGCGGCUGUGGACGCUGCCUCUGACGCCAUUAGCGUUGGCGACCAA